AUGGACAAUUCCGCAUACCCGUACAGUCGCUACCCUCAGGACGAGUCUGAUCCCUAUGACAGACACCAGCAUCCGGGCCUGACCUCACACCAAAGCUACCCCAGCUUGAAGAGGGCUUUCUCCCACACGGAACAGCCACCAUACCAGGAAAUCGUUCAAGACCUGCGGGACGACGGGUCUAAACUGACAGUCAACCAUGACCACAAACUUUUGUCGUUCAAAAAGGUGCAGGACAAGCACACUGUUGUGGAUCAGCACGGUCGCAUGCAGCAGAUGGAACUUUCCGCUCAGCUGCAUGGCAUGUUCUUCCUAUCCGAAAUGCCGUCGGGCGCUACCGAAGGCUCAGUUUUGCAGCCAGAGUUGACCUGCUACCGACGAAACCUCUUCCAGAUCAGCGGUUCCUUGAUCACGGCUCGCGGACCGCUGUCGGUUGUCACCGAGACGGGCGAGACGGUUCCCGUGAGCACUACCGAGGUGACUGUAUCGGCAAUCGAGUCGGUUGAUGGGCACCCGGUCCGACUGAUUGUGAUUCCUUGGAAAACGCCGCCGCCCAACUCCCCCGAGGUGGCCCAGGGUCCCGACCAGGAGCCGCCGUCGCUUCCCCUCAUUCCUUUCCAGGACGAGGGGCCAGAUGCCGACGGCGAGUACGCUGUGUACCCGAUUGGCUGGAGACGACUGCAGUUUCGAAUUGCGACGGCGAACAAUGGCAGGCGGAAGGAACUCCAGCAACACUUUGUCCUACACUUGAAGGUAGUCGGCACUUUGACCAACGGAAACAAGGUUGUCUUGGCCGAGGCGACGACGUCGCCGAUUGUCGUGCGGGGACGAAGCCCCCGCAACUUCCAGGCUCGCAAGGAGAUUCCACUUCUGGGAUCCAGCGCAGGGUCGCGCGGACAAGCUCUGGUUGAAACUGGACAGGGCAUCGUGGCAGGACCUCUCAGCGCUAAGCCAAUCGAUGUCAAAGCUAGAGGCAUCGACAUGCAGAUGCCGCGAGCCGCGUUCACCUUCAGCGGGGGCGGGCCCAAAAUGCCGAGUAACCAAAUGGGGACCAUGAGAUCGAACUCUUACCCCAACUGGACCUCGCCUGGCCAUGUGUCCAUGUCCCACAUCCCGGUGACUGGUGCGGGUAGCUACUCUGCUUCACCUUUGACAGCUGAGACUGUAGCACCAGGGCAACAACAGACACAGGCCCGCGCCUCGUUCUCGUACGGCCACUCAACGACGGCCCCGCCACCGCUGUCUAUACCGACAAGCGCCGACGCUGCACUAAACAUACCCCGGUAUGUCGACAGCAACCAUCGCCCGUCCAAGAGCCCGAGACAUGCGAGCCACCAACCCGUUCAGGGUGGCAGUUCGAUUGCCAAUACCGACCCAUCUGCAGAGUAUCGAUACAGCUCAUCAUAUGUACCGUUGCACGGAGGCAGCGCAGGAGAGCUCCCGGCCCCUGGAUAUGGCGCGGACUCGACGUCGAUUCCUCAUUCGGCACCGCCAAGGGACUACUAUCCCCCUUCGACCACUUGGACGACAACGGCUGGCGAAGCAAAUGCGACAGUGGCCUAUACCAGCAGCGACAAUCGGUCGUACUCGUCUCCGGGCCAGUACAAGAGCACUGCUCCAGCGGUGCCGGUCAAGAAUGAGCAGGGGGCCCCGCCGCCGGGCUCAGCCGCUGUGUACAACGGUCCGCCGCGUGGAUCGUUUGACGCGAUGAACCACUACUCGUGGCAUGCCAUCUAA